GAGAAAGAAACACACGUCAAUGCCGGACAAACCGGGCGGUGUCGGAAUAGUCGGAGUAGUGGGGCUCAGAACCCGGUGCAGUUGGCAGCUCUGACCUGACGCCAGCCGCUUUCAGCUUCAGUGCAAGGCAGGCCAUCUUUUCCCGGCCAUCUUCCGUCGAACGUUUCGUCAGCGUGGUUGUGUCCGGACCGGUGUGUGCAGAGAGAAGCGUCGUUUCGAGUUUAUUCAUCGUCUUCGUCGUUGUCGUGCAGCAGUCGUGAUCGUCGUCGUCGUCGUUCAGGAUUUAUGCAAAGUCGUAGUCGCCGUCAGCGUGGAAAUUACAAAGGAUCGCAGAGCUUGUCAACAUGAGUACGGACAGCAUCGAGAAGUUGUAUAAAAAUUUCGGCGUGCUCGCCGACGCCAAAGACAAGCUAUCGGAGCAUGAAGCAGAGUACUUAGAAAUUUUGAAGGCAGUCAAAGGCACUCCAAAAGAAAAGAGACUGGCCUCCCAAUUCAUUGCUAGAUUUUUCAAGCAUUUUCCCAAAUUGGCAGAUAAAGCUAUUGAUGCACAUUUAGAUUUAUGCGAGGAUGAAGAUAUGUCUAUUCGCAAACAAGCCAUUAAGGAUUUACCAACUUUAUGUAAAGACAGCAAAGAACAUACCGCCAGAAUUGCAGACAUAUUAGCGCAAUUAUUACUUGCUCCAGAUUCUUCAGAAUUAGAUGUUGUUCACAACAGUAUUAUGACUUUGAUAAAGAAUGAUCCAAAAGGAGCCAUAAAUGGAUUCUUUGUUCAAAUUCUCAAUGGUGAGGAUGGUAUUAGAGAACGCUGUAUAAAGUUUUUGGGCUCCAAACUCAAAACAUUAGGUCGUGACAUAAUAACCAAAGAGCCAGAAGAUGUUCUCAUAGCAGAAUGCAAAAAAGUUCUUCAAGAUGUUACUGCUGAGGAGUUUCACAGUAUAAUGGAAAUUCUCGCAUGGACUAGGCUUGGAUCUACUGUUAAUGGACAGCAAGAAUUGGUAGACAUAGCUGUUGAGCAGGCAGAACUUUCUGUGCCCUUCAAACAUACUAAUUUGGAACAAUGCAGUAGGCUCAUUCAAUGUAUCAAACAUGCUCUUCCAUACUUUAGUUCUCAAGUCAAUUCAUCCAAAUUUGUUUCGUAUAUUUGUAUGCAAGUUUUGCCUCAUUUAUCUUUGAUAACGUCACCUGAUGGAAGAGAUGUGCAACUAGAACUUCUUAAGCUACUUGCUGAAUUAGCUGAAUAUUGCGGUAAAAUUGAGAAACCAGAAGAAAAAGUACAACAGCUUUAUAAUGCUUUGAUUACGUUUAUGCCACUUCCUCCUGACACAGAGAUCACUGAGGUUCCAAAACUCCAGUUUAGUCAUGUUGAGUGUUUGAUAUUUGCUUUCCAUAAAUUGUGUAAACAAACGCCGGAAUUUCUUAUCAAAGAUCCAGAACAAUUGAAGGAAUUUAGAUUGAGGCUACAAUAUUUUGCUCGUGGAAUUCAAGGGUAUAUCAAGAAAUUGAGGGAAGUUAUUAAUGGAAAGAGUGAGGAAGAAUUGAAAACGGAGGAAAAUCAAUUGAAAGUCAUAGCAUUAAAAACAACCAAUAAUAUCAACACACUUAUUAAGGAUCUAUUUCAUUCACCACCAAGCUUCAAAAGUGUCAUUCACCUUUCGUGGAAAACAAUCAUUACUAAAGAGAAAAAGGACGAAAAAGUUACCACCGGAAUUAAAAGGCACACGCCCAUAACAUUUGGAAAUGGAAAUAGUAACAGUGCAGCCCCUCCAGCUAAAAAACAGAAGGAAGACGUACCAAGAAACAAUAAGCAAUUGUACACUCCUCCAAGUGGAAAAUAUAGUUCAAACAUUUCGUCAAAUUAUGGAAAUCGUGGCCGAUUCCAUAAUAACCGAUACAACAAAACUAGUGGACGAGGAGGAUUCAGACCACGUGGGCGUGGUGGUAACUGGAGGAAGAAUACGUACUAAUUUUCUUCGAUUAUUUGUUUUGGUUGUCGAUCAAAGCCGGAUGUCAGUUUUCAAACAGAGCCGAAAGAACUUAUAGUUAGAAAAGCGAAAAUAAUUCUUUUCAUAUUAAAGAUAAAAGAUAAUCGAAAUGUUGCAAAAAAAGAUUUUGUACUGAUAAACGAUAUAGCAUAAAUCGUAUGUGAAAGCGAUUUAUUUAAGCUUCUGAAUUCUCAAAUAAUGAUUCAAAUGAGUUAGCGUUCAUAUAAAGUAUGAAAGUGAUACAAUUAGCAAAGAUAAAUUCCAGUCACAAAAGCGAUUAAUUUUUGUAAGUGCAUAAUUCAUGUUUUUAUUGUGCUGAGUGCAACAAGAACGGAAUAAUUUUGCAAGUGCGCUGUCAGGUGUAUUGAGAUAUUGGCAUGGUAUUUGAGAAUGGAACUGUCCAAUACAAACCAUUUUACUUCGAUUAAUUUUUGACGAAAAGUAAAACGCGAUCGAAAAGCGCAGAGGAAUGAUUGAUUCCUAAUAUAAAUGUGUGAAAACAAAUUAAGUACAGUAGUGCUCCGAUACAAAAAAAAAAAAAAAUUUAGACUCGAAAUUAACUGUGCAUCCUAAACAAUAAUAGAAGAAGUCAAGAUAUAGGCGAACACAAAUGACAGAAUUGUACCGUUGCAAAUCAAGCGAUUCGAAUGGCGUUUCUUACGGCUCUUUGCGUAACGUGUUUCCAAAUUUCCUAUCCAAUUUAUGAUAUCUUUAAAAUCCUCUUUCCUUGCUGUAUAAUUUUUUAUUUAUGCAUAUUUUCAAUUGAUUAAUCAUAGUAUGUUAACAGACGCAGAACCAUACCGCAGAUGCAGAUUUCUGAGGCGCAAUUUCGCCUUAAAGUCUAAAUUGAGUUAUUUGAAAUCAAAGAAAUGAAAAAUCUGACAAAAACAUUAUUUAAUUUUUUUAUAUAUUUUUUUAUUUAAUUUAAUUACUCGUUGUUUUUUUAUAAUUAUAAUCAAAUUAGAUUGGUCAGUAGUUUCUUUGAUUACACAUGAUGAUUUACUUUUUAAAGAUGAUUUUUUUCUGGAUGAAGUUUUCUGAAAAAUCGCAGAUAACAUGGAUAAUGAAAACUAGUCCAGAUAAUUAUUUUCAGAUCGAGAUCAGUGGCUGUUCAAUGGAUUGGAACGUCAAAAAGGAGCAGUAGUUAAUACUUUAGUUUUAUUCUUUUUCAGAUAAAGCUGAAGCAGCCGUGGUUCGUGAAUUUUUGCGAUUGAACGCAAGCUUAGUAGUCAUGACUCAAGGUGAGUUUAAUCUAUACUUCUCAAACCGCCUACCUCCUUCCUCUCCGUUAGUCACUUCGAAUUGAAACGUUAUGCUACUUCUGUAACUCUGUAGAUACAUCCUUAGUGUGGUAAUAAAAAACUUUUUUAAUACUUAA